UCUUGAGAAGGAAAACAGGCACGAAGGCACGUCACAGGUUGUAACACGAAGCGCAUUCCCUGUGUUGUAAAGUUUUCAACUUCCAAAUGACAGCCCAUGUUGGACAGAGUUAACAUAAGUUAGUGGUUGAACGUUCCAAAGUGUCAAAUGUAAUUGGUUAAUGUAAGUAAAACUGAAUAAAAACAAGACUUGGGGAGAAAAAAACGUGCACACGUUCCUUACGCUGUCUAAGUCAAACAAUGUGAAAUUAAGCGUUUGAAAGUUAUAGAGUGAAAGAUUAAAUAAUUAAAUAUUAGGUAGUACCAAACUAAAACAAAUCAUAUAAAAGUCAAUUGAAUUUCCUCUCGAGAAUUACUAGAACAAACGUUGCGUAUUGUGGAGACUGGAGAUCGGCGUCCAAGAGGAAAUUGCAUUUGCAACUACGCCGAUCAAAUUAUCCCGGAAUUUGUCGCACUUGUCGACAUUUCGCUUUGCUUGUCGCUAUGCCAACAUUCGUUUUACGUUGAAGGAAAGUUGGCUGAAGGAAACCACCAUAUUCUGCAGGUUGCUGGUAAGAAGAGCCUCUUACAAAGUACCAGCCUGAGGAUUUGUGUUGCUGUUACAUUGUGAAGAGGGUUGUAGGCUGCUAGCCUACAGGAACUAGGUGAAAAAAUGGCCCAAAGGAAAGCUCACAUUAUUGAUGAUAGGGAAAGAACUGUUGAUAUUCAGACUGAGGAAAAUGUUGACUUCAGAAGCAUGUAUUUAUCAGAGCAUGUACUCAAUGGAUUAAAAGCCACAGGCUUUGAAAGGCCAAGUCCCAUUCAGUUAGCGGCAAUUCCACUGGGGAGAUGCGGUCUUGAUAUGGUAGUGCAAGCCAAAAGUGGUACUGGUAAAACGUGUGUGUUCGCUGUUGUUGCGCUCGAAAUGAUUAGUGUUUCAGCCUCGACAACCCAGGUGUUAAUUUUAACCCCCACUCGAGAAAUAGCUGUUCAGGUUACUCAAGUCAUCAGUGCAAUUGGAUGUAAAAUACAGGGACUACGAGUUUCUACUUUCAUUGGAGGACUGCAUUUAAGUUUGGAUAAAGCCAAGCUCAAGUGCUGUCAUAUAGCUGUGGGGACGCCUGGUCGCAUUACACAGCUGAUUGAGAUGAGACUUCUUCGCUUGGAUAAUGUGAGACUUUUCGUUUUGGAUGAGGCUGAUCAACUUUUGACAGGACAGUUUGCCGAUGGAAUUGCUCAAAUAGCAUCAGGCUUGCCUUUAAAUAAACAGGUUCUAGCACUCAGUGCUACAUAUACUGAAGAUGUUGCUAAAGUAGCAGAAGGUCUGAUGAGAACUCCAAAUCAUGUCCGACUGGGAAAGGAGUCCCCUGCUCUUAUUGGUAUAGGUCAGUUUGUGAAAUUACUUCCUUACCAUCAUCAGCCACAUCGUAGACAACAAAUCAAGUUAGAGGAACUUAUGAAUAUAUUAUGUACAGUGACUUUUAACCAGUGCCUUGUAUUUUCAAACUCCCAGUUGCGGGCUGAAUCUGUGUGCAAUCAGUUACGAUCAGCGGGUUGGCCGGCAGCCUUUUUGACUGGUGGUCAAGCACAGCAAGAUCGUUUGGUUGCUCUUGAUGCUUUGUGUUCCUAUAAAUGUCGUGUUCUGGUAUCAACUGAUCUCUCUGCUCGUGGUUUAGAUUCAGAGCAUGUCAACCUUGUGAUUAAUCUCGACCUGCCAAAGAAUCAUGCCACUUAUCUCCACAGAAUUGGCCGUGCUGGGCGAUUUGGUUCUCGAGGAAAUGCUGUUACACUUGUAACUGAAGGAGAGGAAUGGCAAGUUGUUCGAGCCAUUGCAACCUUGGCUAAUGUUCAGAUUGCUUUGCUCCAUGGUGACUUGACUGCAGAUAUUACCAGCAAAGAGGAAGAGAACCAUGAGUUUGUGGAGUUUUUGUCAGGUGAUGAAUUUGAAGAUUAUUUAAAUGUUGCAGAUACACAGGAAAAUAAUUUAUGCAAGAAAGGAAAGUCUAAAAAUGUCAAAAGCAACAUUCCAAAUGGUAAUAAGCAGUCAGGUAAUAGUUGUACAAGUGAAGAGUAUGUAGAAAGCUUUGCUCAUGGUAAGAAUAAACAAGGCAAAGGUAAUAAAAAAGAUCAUUUGAAUGUGAAAAAGUCUUCAAGAAAGUCCUUGCAGAAAGAGAGGAAACUGGAGUCAGAUAAAAAGGCCGAAGAGAAGGAAGAAGCUCAGCGUAAAUCUUUAGCUAGUGUCAUUAGUAUACUGAAGAGAUUAAAUUUAGAACAUGCUUUUUUGCCAGUGUCUUUCAGUGAAAUAAUGACUGACAUUGCCAGUAAAUAUGACAGUAUAUCUGCAGAUGAUAAUCCUUUAGUUAAUGUACCAUCCUUGCCAGAUGCAGUUGAAAUGUCAGAGAAAGACAAAAAGGACCUCCUGUCUCAUUGGAAAUGUUUAGAAGACAGUCUCCAGAAAGUCAUCCUUAACUCAAAUGAUUCAUGGAAAGAUUUCAUGUUCUCUGUCGAGAAUGGUCUUCACAGUAGGAUAAAUGGUGAAACAAACCCAAUUGAGGGAAUAGACAUAGGAGAAACCGUAAAUAUUAAAUUACAAAAUGGAAGCGAAGCAGCAUCAUCCUCUGGCUCGGAUAAAUAUUCAAGCUCAGAAGAAAACCAAUUUGUCCCUUCCAAGCACCAAUUUAAGGAGUCUUUAGGCAGUCAGAAGAAGAGUUCAGUAAUCAAGCAAGGAACACAAGCAGAGAUGAAAGCUCACAAAAAGACUAGUAGAGUAAAUAAGAAUGAAAGUGUGGGUAGCAAUUAUCCUUAUUAUCCUGGAUAUGACCCAUGGUCAUAUGGUGCAUAUGCUGAUGAGGAAGACAUUGAAAGUUACAGCAGUAGUGAUAGUAGUCAAGUUGACAAUAACUGGUUCUCUGUGGGUGACAUGAAAAAUGUAUCUGAUCCUAUUUAUGCAAAUGCCUCCUUUGAAAACUACAUGAGAUAUAACUUCAUUAUGUAUCAGAAAUAUCUGGAUAAUGUCGAAAAGUUCUCAGCUAUGAUGGAUUAUGUUCAGACCAUGGGAAAAAUUAGUGCUAGGAUUGCUAGGGACUAUCAUUUUGGUUCCUAGAAUUGUUUUGCUAUGUAGAAAUUCACUUAUAUAUUUAUACUUUUUUUUACUUUGGAAAUAAAGUUUACUCAUGA